AUGUGCCUGCUCCCUAAGGAUCGCCCGAUAUCCUACGCUUCCCGUACGUUAACAGACGCCGAACUCAAGUACGACACUUAUGAAAAGGAAGCCCUAGCCAUAAUAUAUUGCGUGAAACACUUCCGACCCUAUCUGUACGGACAGAUAUUUACUCUAGUUACCGAUCACAAAUCAUUAAUGUGGUUCAAAAAUACACAAGACGCAAACAUGCGAAUACUCAGAUGGAGAUUAAAGCUAGCCGAAUACGAUUACGAAGUGGUUUACAAAGCCGGUAAAAUAAACGUAAAUGCCGACGCGUUAUCCAGAAAUCCGGUUUGUUAUAAUGAAGGUGAUUGCAAAAUAAUUAGACCUGGAUUCUAUAAUCCCGAUUGUCCAGAAGAUGCUGAAGCAAUAUCUAGAUUCUUGGAAGAAUCCGAUGAAGAGGAAGAUGAUAAUUUCGAACUACACUUAUCGGAUAAUGAGAUUUGUGAGGAAUAUCAACUAGAACAAAAUCAACUUGAGGAAAAUCCAGAACCAGAAGGAGAACAGACAACUGAAACAGCAUUAAUUCAAGAUCCACCAAUUAUGGAAAAAAGAUUAACAUGCAGCCAAAGUGCUAAACAAUCACAAGAGCAAGAGUAUGACGAAAAGAAUGAUAUUGCUGACGUAAGCGAAACCGACGAUGAAAAGGAAGAAUCAGAAGACAUGGAUAGUCAUCAAGAGGCGGAAAAUCGCACGGAAAAUGUCAUUGAAUCACGAGAAUUGCUAUUCCUACGUAAGGAUAACGUAGCAUACUUCGUAGAUACAGACGGAAACCCUUUGGACUCAGGCUCACAGAAACUUUUCGAGCGCAAUGACCUACCACGUAUGGGAUCCCUCACGUUAGGGCAGGUCAAAGUAAUAAAACAUAAAAACUUCUUACACCUGGUACUACCUGCUAGCGAAAGGCAGUCGAAAGGACCAACAUUGACAUUGGAACAGAUUAUUCCCGUUAUAGAAGACUUAAGGGCAACUUCUGACAAAUUAAAGAUACAAACACUCAGCAUUGCAAAGACUGAUUUAAUUAAUAAUGUGCCAUGGAACAAUGUGAAAUCUCAGCUACAGUUAGCCUUUGCAAACGCACCGACUAAACUAAUAAUUUGUAACGGGCAAAUUAAAUACCCACCGAAGGAUCUGCACUCAGAGAUAAUCCGAGAAAUGCAUUAUUUGCCUACAGGAGGACAUCGCGGCGUUACCAAAACAUAUAGUAGAAUUAAACAUAAAUAUUAUUGGGAAAAUUUAAAGUCCGACGUGCAGAAGCACAUACAACAAUGUCUACAAUGUCAACUGAAAAAAUUAGUUAGAGUCAAAACUAAACAACCGAUGUUAAUCACCGAUACACCGGGUGCAGCCUUCGAUAAAGUCGCCAUGGAUAUCGUAGGACCCUUGCCGAGAACGGACAAUGGCAAUGAAUAUAUUUUAACCCUUCAGGAUCAAUUGACUAAAUUUUGCUUGGGAAUACCAUUACCUGAUCAAACUUCUGCAACCAUAGCUGAAGCAUUCGUGAACAAAUUCAUUUGUGUAUUCGGAGCACCUAAAGCAAUAUUAACUGACCAAGGAAGAAAUUUCAUCAGUGACUUAAUGAGGAAGUUAGCAAAAAUAUUUAAAAUUCGGAAAUUUCGAACCAUCGCAUUUCACCCACAAUCGAAUGGAUCACUGGAAAGAUCACACCAUGCUUUAGGCGAGUACCUUAAACAAUACGUUAAUGAACAGAACCACUGGGACCGGUGA